ACGAACGCGAGCCGGGGGAAAAGAACUCUCCAGUAACGGACGAGCCGCGAGACGCGUCGUCGGUGACGUCAGGAGUUUUCCCCUCAAAGUCAACAAGAACAGGAGCAGCUGGAGUUUCAAUGUGAAACAAUUAGAGAUAUAUAAAUAAUUAUAUAUAUUUUAAAUUUAAAAAUAUAUCAUCCUCCGGAAAAGUAGCCCAGCCGAUCCACCCCGAAGGAUAGCUCCAGUGCGGUUGAGUUGGUGGGUGGGCGAGCCGGCCGGCGCUGCACUGAGGCUGAAGCGGUAGCUAUCGGAUUGGAAGACGGCUUGAGGAAAUAGUGGUGGGAAGGCAGAGCCAGUCCAAAAGACGACUUGCUCGGCUAGCUGGGCUCUGAAGGAACUGCGGAAAUGAGCGAUAUAACCAUUGUGAAGGAAGGAUGGGUGCAAAAAAGAGGAGAAUAUAUCAAAAACUGGAGACCAAGGUACUUUCUAUUGAAGACUGAUGGAUCCUUCAUAGGAUACAAGGAGAAACCACAAGAUGCAGAUUUACCAUACCCUUUGAAUAACUUCUCAGUGGCAAAAUGUCAACUCAUGAAAACAGAGCGACCACGGCCAAACACAUUUAUAAUCAGAUGUUUGCAAUGGACCACUGUUAUAGAGAGGACCUUUCAUGUGGAUACUCCUGAAGAAAGGGAAGAAUGGACAGAAGCUAUUCAAGCAGUAGCAGAUAGACUUCAAAGGCAAGAGGAAGAUCGAAUGAACUGUAGCUCCAGUCCCAAUCUAGAUAUUACAGGGGAGGAUGAAAUGGACACUUCUCUCAGUCAUCCUAAACGCAGAGUGACUAUGAAUGACUUUGAUUAUCUAAAACUACUGGGAAAGGGCACUUUUGGCAAAGUGAUUUUAGUCAAGGAAAAGGCAACUGGGAAAUAUUAUGCAAUGAAGAUUCUAAAGAAAGAAAUUAUUAUUGCAAAGGAUGAAGUGGCACACACCCUUACAGAAAGCAGAGUAUUAAAAAAUACUAGGCAUCCAUUUUUAACGUCUUUGAAGUAUUCUUUCCAAACGAAAGACCGUUUAUGUUUUGUCAUGGAGUAUGUGAAUGGUGGCGAGCUGUUUUUCCAUUUGUCGAGAGAAAGAGUGUUCUCAGAGGACCGCACACGCUUCUAUGGCGCAGAAAUUGUCUCAGCUCUAGAUUAUUUGCAUUCUGAGAAGAUUGUGUACAGAGAUCUCAAGUUGGAAAAUUUGAUGCUAGACAAGGAUGGGCACAUCAAAAUCACAGAUUUUGGACUGUGUAAAGAAGGAAUUACAGAUGCUGCUACCAUGAAAACAUUUUGUGGUACUCCAGAGUACUUGGCUCCAGAGGUGUUAGAAGACAAUGAUUAUGGCCGUGCUGUUGACUGGUGGGGUCUCGGUGUUGUUAUGUAUGAAAUGAUGUGUGGCCGACUACCCUUUUACAAUCAGGACCAUGAGAAGCUUUUUGAAUUGAUCCUAAUGGAGGACAUUAAAUUUCCCAGAACCCUAUCAUCUGAUGCAAAAUCAUUGCUGUCAGGAUUGCUUAUAAAAGAUCCAAAUAAAAGGCUUGGUGGAGGUCCAGAAGAUGCAAAAGACAUCAUGCAGCAUAGUUUUUUUAGUGGAAUCAACUGGCAAGAUGUUUAUGACAAAAAGCUUUUACCUCCUUUCAAGCCUCAGGUUUCAUCUGAGACAGAUACAAGAUAUUUUGAUGAAGAGUUCACUGCUCAGACCAUUACAAUAACUCCUCCUGAAAAAUAUGAUGAGGAUGGUAUGGACUGCAUGGACAAUGAAAGGCGACCACAUUUCCCCCAGUUCUCAUAUUCUGCCAGUGGAAGAGAAUAGGACCAUAUUUGUUUUUCUGCUGCUCAGCUGUUGUCAUGGUGUAUCACUGGAAAUCAUUCCUGAACAAUUUAAGAGUUUGAGCUAUACUUGAUUUCAGAGUCAGGGCAUCUUCAGGAAUCAUUUCAAGUUGAAUGUUUUCUGCAUGAAUCUAAAUGUCAGUCUGAAGAUUCAAGCUGUUACCUCCUACUAUUUUGACAUAAUUGUCCUGCAAAGAGUAUUUUUAAACAAAUGAAGUCCUAAUAGGAUGUAUUGUACAUGAUGCAGCAUUUAUGCAUUUCAGCCUCUAAAUGGAACUGAGUUUUAAUGGGGGCUGAAGAAGACAUUAGGCAACUUUCACAAUUAUGAAAAAAAUUAAAUAGAAACAUUUGAUGCUAUUUGUGUACCUUAUGUUUUAAUUUCUGCUGUUCAUAGCAAGCAUUUGUUUGUGAUGUAUGACAAGUAUGCAAGGUUUAUGUUAGACAUAUCACUGACAAAACAAGUUGGUAUCAUUUAUAACUUGCUAACAGUGGGAAUUUGUGAACAUUUACCAGGUCACAAUCCCUCUCAAUGUUGCUAAUGUUUGUACCAACCCAUGUAACUGAUAGCUUGACUAGUCAGUCCGGCAGACUUGUUAUAGAUUUAUCAAGUGCAAUCACUGAUUUUGUUUUUACAACUUUGAUGGAUGGAUACUUUGCACCUCUGCCUGUACUUGUUUUAUGGUGGCUGAAGAAUGUAGAUAGGCAUAAUGUUCAGAUUUAUACUUUUCACCAAAUUUAUGUGGAUUGAUUAUUUGCUUUACCCAGUCUCAGUUGGUAACCUGCAAUAUUUGCUUAUCAAGUUGUGGACUAGCAGUUUUUUUCCUGGUGUUAAUUUUGAAUUUUACACGUUGAAUAUACACGUAGUAUUUAUUUUUAGUAGUAAUUGUUUUUUUUUCUGUCAGAUAAGCCUCACCAUCAGUGAACAGUUAUUACUGGAAGUUUAAAUAUGGUGGUUGACCAACUUUAUAGUGCUAGUCUGUUUUAGGUUUUUUUUAACUAGGUUUUACAAACUGUCUAUCCAUUAGAAGGUGUACACUUUGCUGAACUUACUGGUUUUUGGUUGUUUACUUUGUAAAGUCUAGAUCAAGAACUCACUUUCCAAUGUCUGUUCCAGACUGAGUAUGCCCUCUUGUACUGCAGCCAUCUUCGGACAACAGGCAUUCCUGUUUGAUUGUAACGACUCCAUAGCUUUGCUUUAACACUAAUCCAUUUACUGUCACAUUCCUGUGGCAUUUUGAAUCUAAAUGCUUUUAUGACUAUAGCAUAUGUAUUCACCUUAUUUGCAGCAUCACAAGGUUUACCACUCCUUGUUGAGGCCAUCCAUACAGUAUAUUGGCAAGGUGACAAGGUGGGGUCCACUACUAACUGCAGGGUCUAUAUACUACACCUCAAUGUACACACUUUGCUGCUACUAUUUGUACUGUCUAAAACAGAACUUCCUGUAUCUGCUAUCUAGUGUAUUACAGAUGAGCAUGAAAAAAAUGUAAAGUAUUUAUUUUAAAUCCUUAAACUUGUCAUUAAUUUUGCCUCUGUGUAGUGUAGGAUUUGUGAAAGAUCUUGACCUUGCUAGUUCUAUCAUUAAAUCCAUAAAGAUCUAGUCAUAUGGUUAAGGAUUGUAAGCAGAAGGGACUAAGGACCUUAGUGAACUGUAUUACUGUCUGUAAAACAUAACUGUUUAUUUCCUGAAGUAUAUGACCCACAAGGAUGUGAAAAACUGCAAUGAAAUGUUUUUGUACACUGUACAUCCUUAGUAUUUUUACACAUAAAUGUAUAUGAUAGGGAUGCACAUUAUUUUCCUUCUUACAGACUGCUUAAAUAAAGUACUACAACAAUCCAGCCUUGGGUUGUGUAGUCCUACUACUUACUAAUAUUGGUU